AUGUGGUUAGGCCCCAAUAUUCAAAUCCUUGGCGGUGUUAUGACUGACCGACCCCAGAUUGAAGUUCUCACUGCAUCUGUGCCCAUGUAUUUCCAUGUUUCGAAUAAAGACCUGUCUCUUGACCUCGCUCGCACUCUGACAGCCCUUAAUAUCAUUUUCGCUGACCUCGGCAAACUAUACGACAACCCUCCUCCGCUCAACCCACUCCUUCCUGUUCAACAUGAAUAUCCUUACCCACGUAGAUUCAAAUGUGGUAAUCAGGUCAUUACUUUCACUUACUUGAAGCGUAUCGACCCUAUUCGGCUUGUCUUCGAAGUUGAGACUGAGGAAAAGAACAUUCUGUAUAUCAAGUACACUCAACAGUACGGCGCUGAAGCCCAUAGGAAGGCGCACGAGUUUGGGAUUGCGCCGGAACUUCUAGCGUAUGAUGACACGCUGCCCGGAUGCUGGAAGAUGGUGGUUAUGAACCCGAUUCCAAAAGGUUACGUGGAAACAGAUAGUAUUGAAGGGAGCGAAGAACAAGGGAAGGUUCAAGCUGUGGUAAUUGCAAAAAUGAAAUGUUACUUUGACGAAGGAUUCGUUCACGGCGACAUUCGUGCUGCUAAUAUCUUCGUUGAUGGUGAAAGGCAGAACAUUAUGGUGAUUGACUAUGACUGGGCUGGGCGCAACAAGGAGGUGACUUAUCCUCCAGAUGUCCGAUCAUCUAUCGACAUUUGGCGCCCGCGUGCAGAAUUAAGCCUUCGUCCUAUUGAGACAGAGCACGAUUGUCAGAUGCUGAAGCAUCUCUACUACUAG